GUAAGUGACCUCUGAAGCUUGUUUUCUGUUUCACAGCUUGUGACGUUUGAGCAGAGUAGAGGUUGCGCAACACCCCGCCGCUGGCAGCAGAAUCACUCCUCAUCUAACUGUGAGUGUAGAGUGGAGUUUACACAUUUGAUGAAAUUCAGAACGAAAGCAAAGUGCCCCAGCUGACCUCUUCACAGGUGAAUUGAGACGAAUACAAUUAGAGAUGCGGGUUUCGACGUGAUGGGAACCUCAGAGAAGAUGUUUGACUGGGACCAGGAGUGGAACAUUUCUUUUGCAGGAUGUGGAUUCAGGAGUGUUUACUACCUGGGAGCUUUGAGCUGUAUCCUCGAGCGGGUCCCGCAGCUGGUUCACGGAGCCUCUAAGAUCUGUGGCGCUUCUUCUGGUUGUCUCGUGGCUGCAGCUUUGACUGUCGGGAUUCCCAUUGAGGAGUUCUGUGUUGAUGUUCUGACCACAGCGAGAGAGGCCAGAAAACACACUCUGGGCGUUUUCCACCCGACCUUCAGUCUGCUGCGGACUGUCAAGGACUUCCUGCUGAAGAAGUUUCCAGAAGAUGCCCACCUCAGGGCGUCUGGAAAGCUCUGCGUGUCCCUCACCAGAAUUUCUGAUUGGAAGAACGUUUUGGUUUCAGAGUUCGACAGCAGAGAAGAGCUCAUUCAGGUUCUCAUGUGCAGCUGCUUCUUCCCUUGUUACAGUGGUUUCAUCCCACCGUCAUACCGGGGAGUGUACUACAUGGAUGGAGCCCUGAGCAACAACAUGCCGCUGUUCGAGCACAGAAACACCAUCACUAUGGCUCCGUUCUCAGGAGAGAGCGACAUCUGCCCCAAAGAGGGGACUUUCAACUUUGUCGAGUCCAGCAUUGCCAACGUCAGCAUCCAGGUCAACACUGGCAACGUGCACCGAGUCUGCACCUCCUUCCUACCUUCCAGACCUGAGAAGCUGGCUGAGAUCUGCCACAACGGCUACAUGGACGCUCUUUGUUUCCUGAGAGGAAGAGAUCUGCUUGGAAGACGGCACCCUCAGCCGUGUUUGGUGAGAGAGAUGGAGGGAGUCAAACCUGCUUGUUGCGAGCUGGUGGAGUCAAAGAAGACGGUGAUGAAUGGAACAAACCUUCAAGAGGAUGAUCACGAGUGGCUGGACCUGAGAGUCGUCGAGAACCUACCUGUUAGCUUGAAGAAAGUGCUGCGUGAGGCGUGCAGGGACAGUCAUGACGGCGGCUCUCAGGGGUCUCUGCUCUCUCAGUUCUUCCCAGUGAGAGUGGUUCUGUAUCUGCUGAGCCUUCUGGUGCUUCCCAUUGACCUCCUCUUCGUACUCACCAAAAGCUUGAUAUUAUCAGGCGGUGUAGGGAUUUGCAGACUGCUGACGGUGAUGGGAGAUCUCCGCAGGCAGACGUGGAGCAGAAGAAGCAGCUCCUCUGACUCAGAACUCAGGACACAAGCAAUAAACGACAACAAGAGCGAACCUUCGACGUCAAAAAGCAUCCGGCAUUCCAACAAAACUCCGCAUUGGGAUGACAACGGUAACCUGGACCAGUUCUCUCUCAUAUACACCUGCGCAGGUCCAUCCAACCUCAUGACACUGAAUACACCUGCACACGGCAAGCUCACUUCAAAGUGCAGAAGUAAGCAGAUUCUUCUACAACAAUAACCAAGCAGAGAAUCAGGACUUUAAAAUGUGAAUGUUUUUGUGUAUGGUAUAUAUUAUUUAUCACUUUCUUGAUAUAAGGAAAAACCAUCCAUCAUCUUUGUUUUUCGCCUUAUUUUCAUGAGGGAGUAGGGGGAGGUAGAGCAUCAGCCUGAUCCAGAGGGGGUUGAGUGCUGACAGCCCCGAUCAGGGCACCUCAUCCUGGCUUAGCUUCCCCCGUCCUCCUCGAAGAUCUCUUUUUUUCUGUCUGUCUAUUUUCUCUGGAGUUCUCUUUGCCGUUCUUUUUCACGUGUACUUUUGGCACCAGAUAUAGCUGCUUUGAUUGUAGGGGCCCUGUGGUAGGUUAGGUAGUAUCAGCGUGGUCACCGCCUGGAAGUACAGAUUCUGGGUCUAUAGAAGGUGGCUUUGCUGGUUGGGCUGUAAUGGCCAUGAGGAAGGGUAGAGAGGAGAAUGGGUCUCGGACGCCGGAGCUCACUGUCCGGCCUUCCUGAGGUGUGGAGGUUCUAACUUGACAGCCCGGUUGACGUCCUGGCUGUUGCUGCCCGUCAGUCUACACGGUUGAGUUAAGAGAUCCAGAAGGAGUCCUGCGGUAGGGGAGAUGGUAGCUCGCAUAAAAGGAGCCUGGGUGCUGGAUGCGGUAACAGCUAAGACCCCUGAGGUAGGUUAUGUUAUCAGUUAUCAGGUCGUCUUACCUGAGCACUUGUCCUUUCGGUAUUGCAGAAGUAACCCUCUACAUCUCACUGUGCACCAGAGAAGCUUUGUUUUUAUUUAUGAUUCAUGAACACUUCCUUGUAAUUUGAUUCAUUUGUUGACCAUGUAGAUGAAUAAGGCGGUUUUACCUCGAUGUGACCAAACACUCAUCCUCUUUGUUUCCAGAUACAAACAAUAAAAAAAAAAAACAUGUUGACCUCAAUGAAACGGAUCCCAGUGCAUAGAAUAUUUCUUAAGACAUCUUUGGAAAUACAAUACGUAUAUAAAAAAAAAAAAAACAUCCUUUCCAUGCAAUAUUUGUGUCCAGAGUUUGGUGCAAAUUGAAACCGGUUUCAUUAAGACUUUGAGAAAAAAGGAUUUGGGGGCAUUUUUUCUAGUUCUGCUAUCGAGCUAACAGAUUUAGUAGAGCCACUACUGCUUUGCAUCUAAAAGGAGCCCGUUGAGGUGGUUCGGGCAUCGGAUCAGGAUGCUUCAUGGAUGCCUCCCUUUGGAUGUUUUUCUGGGCACACCGAACUAAGAGCAGACCCCAGGGUAGACCCAGAGUUCACUGGAGGGAUUAUAUAUCCCGUCUAGCUUGGGAACGCCUCUGGGAGGAGCUGGAAAUGGUUGCUGGGGAGAGGGACGUCUAGGUUGACUUACUGCACUUGCUGCCACCACGACCCGACCUCGGAUAAGCGGAUGAAAAUGGACCGCUGUAGUAUUACAUGUACUAAUGUAUUUUAACUAAGACUUUCCUGGAACGAUAGGAGUACAUUUAGACGAACGUCACACAACGUUGAUGGUACCAGGAUUGUUUUAAAGCACUAAAAUCAGGGCUGACCUGCAGCCGGUUGUUACAUUAGACCUUUAAGGUUAACAAGCAGAAAGAUUUAUUUAAAUGUGUUUAAAUCAUUUUGAUUCUUAGAAAUGUCUGUUAGCUAAAACUCUUGACUCCCCAGGUUUAUGGCUGAACAGUAGGAGUAGUUGGAUUGUUGAUUCCUGUUAAAUAUGCUUUCAAAAGGAGUGAGUAAAAAAUACAUGUGAAUAAAUGUCAAAUAAAAGGUGAUGUUCAAAUCA